AUGUGGGUGCUGGGGCUGCACGCUUUAGGAACAUCCAGGACCAAGGACACCCUGGACACCUUGCUAAAUGUCUUCCUGGCCAUCGCUGUGGACAACCUCGCCAAUGCCCAGGAGCUGACCAAGGACGAAGAGGAGAUGGAGGAGGCAGCCAACCAGAAGCUGGCUCUGCAGAAGGCCAAGGAGGUGGCAGAAGUUAGCCCCAUGUCUGCAGCCAACAUCUCCAUCGCAGCUUUUGUAAAGCAAACUCGAGCUACUGUCUCUCGCAGCUCAUCUGUCUCCAGCGUAAACUCACCGCAGCAGGGCGCAGGCAAGGCGCGCUCAGUGUGGGAGCAGCGGGCCAGCCAGCUGCGGCUGCAGAACCUGCGCGCCAGCUGCGAAGCGCUGUACAGCGAGCUGGCGCCGGAGGAGCGGCUGCGCUACGCCACGGCGCGCCACCUGCGGCCGGACAUGAAGACGCACCUCGACCGGCCGCUUGUGGUAGACCCGGGCCGUGACGGGCCACGGGCGACCCCGGGCUGCAAGGUGAGGCCCGAAGGCAGCGGGGAGGCAGAGCCCGCGGAACCGCAGCGCAGGCACCACCGGCACCGCGACAAAGACAAGGACCGGAGCUGCGUGCUGGCGGCAGGGGCAGACAAGGCGGAUGGCGCGGACCCGGGGCUCCGCGAGGAGCGCGUACGCCCACACCGCAGCCGCAGCAAGGACGCCCCGGGUCCCCGAGAACCCCGCAGCGACCGCACCCGCGCCCCGGGCCCAGACGGCCGGCGCCACCACCGGCGCGGCUCCCCGGAAGAGGUGACGGAGCGCGAGCCCCGGCGCCACCGCGCACACCGCCACGCGCCUGAGCCAGGCCGGGAGGGCGCUGCCAAGGCCGAGCGCAGGGCGCGCCACCGCGGACCCCGACUGGCGCCCCGAGAGGCAGACAACGCCGAGGAGCCGGCACGCAGGCACCGGUCCCGGCACAGGCCGGCCGCGCACGACGACGCGGACAGGGACGGUGACAGGGAAGCCGAGCUGGACGACAAGGACAAGGAGCUCCGCAACCACCAGCCCAGGGAGCCACUUUGCGAGCCAGAAGUGAUGGGUGUGCUGCCCAGCACAUGUCUCCAGAAGGUGGAGGAGCAGCCAGAGGAUGCAGACAACCAGCGCAAUGUCACUCGGAUGGGCAGUCAGCCCUUGGACCUGAACACCUCUGUGCAUAUCCCGGUGACUCUGAGCACACCCCCUGGGGAGGCAACGGCGGUUCCCAGUGGGAACGUGGACCUGGAAGGCCAAGCUGAUGGGAAGAAGGAGGCAGAGGCAGCACACAGCGGUCCCCGGCCCAUCGUGCCCUACAGUUCCAUGUUCUGCCUGAGCCCCACCAAUUUGCUUCGGCGCUUCUGCCACUACAUCGUGACCAUGCGCUACUUUGAGAUGGUCAUCCUCGUGGUCAUCGCCCUGAGCAGCAUCGCCCUGGCCGCUGAGGACCCCGUGCGUGCAGACUCACCCCGCAACAACGUGCUGAAGUACAUGGACUACAUCUUCACUGGCGUCUUCACCUUUGAGAUGGUGAUAAAGAUGAUAGAUUUGGGACUGCUGUUGCAUCCUGGCGCCUAUUUCCGGGACCUGUGGAACAUUCUGGACUUUAUUGUGGUCAGUGGGGCCCUGGUGGCCUUUGCCUUCUCAGGCUCCAAAGGGAAAGACAUCAACACCAUCAAGUCCCUGAGAGUGCUGCGUGUGCUACGACCCCUCAAGACCAUCAAGCGGCUGCCCAAGCUCAAGGCCGUGUUUGACUGCGUGGUGAACUCCCUGAAGAACGUGCUCAACAUCCUUAUUGUCUACAUGCUGUUCAUGUUCAUCUUUGCUGUCAUCGCCGUGCAGCUCUUCAAGGGCAAGUUUUUCUACUGUACCGAUGAAUCCAAAGAACUGGAGCGGGACUGCAGGGGGCAGUACCUGGACUACGAGAAGGAGGAGGUUGAGGCCCAGCCCCGGCAGUGGAAGAAGUACGACUUCCAUUACGACAACGUGCUCUGGGCACUGCUGACACUCUUCACGGUGUCCACGGGUGAAGGGUGGCCCAUGGUGCUGAAACACUCGGUGGAUGCCACCUACGAGGAGCAGGGUCCAAGCCCUGGCUACCGCAUGGAACUGUCCAUCUUCUAUGUGGUCUACUUUGUGGUCUUCCCCUUCUUCUUCGUCAACAUCUUUGUGGCCUUGAUCAUCAUCACCUUCCAGGAGCAGGGGGACAAGGUGAUGUCUGAAUGCAGCCUGGAGAAGAACGAGAGGGCAUGCAUCGAUUUUGCAAUCAGCGCCAAGCCUCUGACACGCUACAUGCCACAGAACAAGCAGUCCUUCCAGUACAAGACGUGGACCUUCGUGGUGUCACCGCCCUUCGAGUACUUCAUCAUGGCCAUGAUCGCCCUCAACACGGUGGUGCUGAUGAUGAAGUUCUACAACGCGCCCUACGAGUAUGAAUUGAUGCUGAAGUGCCUGAACAUCAUGUUUACCUCCAUGUUCUCCAUGGAGUGCGUGCUCAAGAUCAUCGCCUUCGGGGUACUGAACUACUUCAGAGAUGCCUGGAACGUGUUUGACUUUGUCACUGUGUUGGGAAGUAUUACUGACAUUUUAGUAACAGAGAUCGCGAACAACUUCAUCAACCUCAGCUUCCUCCGUCUCUUCCGCGCCGCCCGUCUCAUCAAGCUCCUCCGCCAGGGCUACACCAUCCGCAUCCUGCUGUGGACCUUUGUCCAGUCCUUCAAGGCCCUGCCCUACGUUUGCCUGCUCAUCGCCAUGCUCUUCUUCAUCUACGCCAUCAUCGGCAUGCAGGUCUUUGGCAACAUUGCUCUGGAUGACGAGAGCAGCAUCAACCGCCACAACAACUUCCGCACCUUCUUACAGGCCCUCAUGCUGCUGUUCAGGAGUGCCACAGGGGAGGCCUGGCAUGAGAUCAUGCUGUCCUGCCUGAGCAACCAGGCCUGUGACCAGGACUCCAACGCCAGCGAGUGUGGAAGUGACUUUGCCUACUUCUACUUUGUCUCUUUCAUCUUUCUCUGCUCCUUCCUGAUGCUGAACCUGUUUGUGGCUGUGAUCAUGGACAACUUUGAAUACCUCACACGGGACUCCUCUAUCCUGGGGCCACACCACCUGGACGAGUUCAUCCGGGUCUGGGCCGAGUAUGACCCUGCUGCCUGCGGCCGCAUCAGUUACAAUGACAUGUUUGAGAUGCUGAAACACAUGUCCCCACCCCUGGGGCUGGGGAAGAAAUGCCCAGCUCGCGUGGCCUACAAGCGCUUGGUCCGCAUGAACAUGCCUAUCUCCAACGAUGACAUGACCGUCCACUUCACAUCUACGCUGAUGGCACUCAUCCGGACAGCGCUGGAAAUCAAGCUAGCUCCAGCUGGCACAAAGCAGCACCAGUGUGAUGCGGAGCUGAGGAAGGAGAUCGCCUGCGUGUGGGCCAACCUGCCGCAGAAGACACUGGACCUUCUGGUGCCACCCCAUAAACCUGACGAGAUGACAGUGGGAAAAGUCUAUGCAGCCCUGAUGAUCUUCGACUUCUACAAACAGAACAAAACCACCCGUGACCAGAGUCACCAGGCUCCUGGAGGCCUGGCCCAGAUGGGGCCUGUGUCCCUGUUCAACCUCCUCCGGCAGAAGAGUUCCACUUCCCUCAGCAAUGGUGGGGCAAUGCCCACCCAGGAGAGUGGCAUCAAGGAGUCAGUGUCCUGGGGUGCCCCACACUUGGAGGGACCCAGCGAGACCAGGACACCUCUGGAGCGUGGCCACUCCACAGAGCUGCCUGCACUGCCCCCUGGAAAACCAGCUGCUGACAUCCCUACACAGAGCACAGCACUGACAGGUGGGGACCCCCACCCAGGACUGGAGAGCCAGGGCCGAGCAGCCUCCAUGCCCCGCCUGGCUGCUGAGACUCAGCCGGCGGCCGACAGCAGCCCCAUGAAGCGCUCCAUCUCCACGCUGGCGCCGCAGCGCACCCACGUGGCGCACCUGUGCAGCGCGGCCCUAGAGCGCGCGCCCGGCCCCGCGCAGCAUCACCACCACCGCUGCCACCGCCGCCGCGAACGGGAGCGCAGACAGAGGUCGCUGGACAAGGGCCCCGGGCCGGCCGCCGACGACGCCGAGGGCGUCCCCAGCAGCACGGCCGGGCCGGGGCCCCCGGGGGACGGCGCGGGGUGCAGGCGGGAGCGCAGGCAGGAGCGGGGCCGCUCUCAGGAGCGCAGGCAGCCCUCCUCUUCCUCCUCGGAGAAGCAGCGCUUCUACUCCUGCGACCGCUUUGGGAGUCGGGAGCCCCCGCAACCCAAGCCCUCCCUCAGCAGUCACCCCACGUCGCCAACGGCUGGUCAGGAGCCUGGACCCCCCAGACAGGGCAGCGGCUCAGCUAACGGGAGCCCCCUGGCAUCCACAUCUGGUGCUAGCACCCCUGGCCGCUGCGGGAGGCGGCAGCUGCCCCAGACGCCCCUGACACCCCGGCCCAGCAUCACCUACAAGACAGCCAACUCCUCACCCGUGCACUUCACAGCGGCCUCGCCCAGCCCACCCGCCUUCUCACCAGGCCGGCUGAGCCGUGGCCUCUCGGAACACAAUGCGCUGCAGCCGCGGGAGCCCCUGGGCUCAGCCCUGGCUGCUGGCUCUCGAACUGGCUCCGACCCCUACCUGGGCCACCUGGGCCAGCGCCUGGAUGGCGAGGCCCACGCCCCACAUGAGGACACACUCACCUUUGAGGAGGCUGUGGCCACCAACUCGGGCCGAUCUUCCCGGACUUCCUAUGUGUCCUCCCUAACCUCACAGUCCCACCCGCUGCGUCGAGUGCCCAACGGCUACCACUGCACUCUGGGGCUGGGCAGCCGGGCACGCCACAGCUACCACCACCCUGACCAAGACCACUGGUGCUAGCUGCCCGGUGGGCACUGAGCCCCAUCACCACCAUGGUGAUGCCAUGGGCACCUCCUCCUGCGUUCAGUGGGCAAUGGACAGAGGGCCCCAAGAGGCCUGCUGCCCCUCCAGGCUGCCCCACCGGGUCUCAUGCCACAGACCCCACCUGGGUCUGACCGGGGCCCAGCAAUCAAAGCUUAGCAUCUUGGGUGCCUGACUGGAAGCUUUGGGGGUUCAGGGGUCUCUCCAGGAGCAGCACAGGAGCAGGGGCAGUGGCCUGUGGGGCCACUCUUGGCUCCUUACCUGGCAAGUGGGCAUUGGACAUGCAUUGAGCGCCCGUCCCCCCCACAGGGACCAAACCCCGAGAGCGCUGCGCUGCUGCUGUCGGUGUGGGUUUUUAUUCAGUACACCCUUCGUUCUUUUUGUCAAUUCUGUAUACUUGAUCUCGGGGGGGGGCGGGGAAUAGAACCAGAAACAUGGGGAAGGAGAGGUUGACAUGAUUUCAAGCUGCCCGGGGGUGUUUCUAUGACUCAUCAGGAGAGAUGUUCUGGUGUCCAGUCCAGAGGUCCCCUGAUGACCCCGGCCCCCACUGCUUUCAACCAAGUGCCUGACCUCCGUGCUCUCGCCAGGUUCCUGGGGUGGUGAGGCAAGCCGGCGGGGCCCAGACAGCAGCAUCCAUAAGGACAAGCGGCCCUUGGGAGGCCUGCCCAGGGAGCGCCAUUGGGUCUGUUCACAUCAGAUUCUCAGGGACGGGUGCCUGGGAGUGAGCGAGGCGCGGCUCCACUGUGAGGGCUUCUCACACAGGGGCGAGGUCAAGGGGACCUUCUGGGCUGUGUCCCUCCAGGGGGUGCUGGGUGCAGGCCAGGAAGACAGGCAGCAGAGGGGGAGCUGGCCUCAAGGUUGGGGUGCCCAGCGGGUGUCUUGUCUGUCUGUCUGGGUAGUCCCCGCGUGGGUGGGUGACUUAAGCGUGGCCUUGGCUUUCAUCCUGUGAGUCUCGGGUCUCUGUGGACAAGCUGGUUGUGCGGUGAGUGUGAGCGUGCUUGUGCGUGUGCCUGUGUGUUCAAGUGGAGGUGUGGAUGCUGCCGACCCCAUAGGGCUAUGCAACAAAGACACACGUGUCGCAGCACCCAGCACACAAGACCGCCACCUGCCCCGGGUUUCAGCAUGAUUGUGACCAAACUCUUUUUCUAGAACCUCCCCGCCAACCCUCUUUUACUCGAAGGCACAACACUCUGAGACUCUUUGGCGACUGAGUCUCAUCCUGACGGGACACACAGGCAUGCCCUGGCCGCAGAAGGCUGUGUGCAGACACGUGUGUCGGCCUCCCUAGCCUAUGUGACCAUGAAUGUGACCACAGCCAGGCCCAGAUGGGUGGGACACAGCCCCAACAGCUCCUGGAAUUGGUGACAGUCACGGGCGGGUGGCAGUCCCCUGUCUUGUUUUCCCCAACGUGGAGUUUCCUUUCUGUUCUGUCUUUUCUUAGCACUCAUGGUUCCCCUGAAAUCUUUAUCGUGAGUUGCCAAAUUUGAGAUGCAUCUGGAACCAGUCCAGCCGUGGCUGUAGUUUUGAAACAGUUAUGUGUGCAUGUAAAAUAUAUACAUAUAUACAUAUAGCCGUAUGUGCAUGGACGCGUAUAUCUUCGUACCUUUUGAUACACUGUAUUCAUUUGUUAAUUUUUAAUUAUAUUUGAUAUAAAUCAAAAGUUUGUUGCAAAACUUUAUAUUUAAGAACAGUGUUAAAAAAAAAAAAUCACAAAAAAAUACCAAAAAUAGAAGUCCCAACCAUGCAUCACAAGUGGGGCUCACUUUCCAGAAAAAAAAAAAAAAAAGAAUUCUAUGCCCCCACUAGUUUGCUGCCUGAGUCAUAUUUAUCAGCCAGACUUUGGAUUCUGCUCUUGUUUCUACAAUGACAUUUUGUAUGAAGCAAAGUCCUUGGAUUAAAAUAAAACUUAGCAAAAAAGCAAAAUCAAACCCCAA